AUGAUAUUUGCCAAAUUCAUAACUAUCUAAAUCAAUUUUUUUAAAUUAAUUAGACAAUUAUUUAUAUCAAUCAAUAUUUAAUUUUGUUCAAACUAAUACAAUAAAAACAUCUCAUCCAUUUAACAAACUAUUUUAUCUAUACCAUUUAAUCAAAUUAGGUAUAGUUUAAUUACUUUAAAAAUCAAAUUAUAAGAAGAAUAAAAAAAAUUGAAUGAAUGA